AUGAACCUCUUUGCCCAGUUUCUGUUUUCAAAGUCCAAGAGCAUUAAAGCGCUCAAGAAGAAUUCAGAAGAAGAGGAAUAUGAUCCCUUUUGGAGAAGUUGGCACAGUGGUGUGGAAAGAGAUCAGCAGAGUCAUCAGCCCGUGAGUGAUGAUUCCCAAAGGCAGAGGGAUGACCCAAUCAGGAAUGGAUAUCCAGGACUUCAGCAGAGGUCAAUAAACCCAGAAAGGCUUAAGGACUUCGGGGAGGAUGAGUACCUGGGCAAAGAUGUUAAGACUUGGAAAAUGACAGUAACAGGCCACUCAGAUAAACUGCUCAGCACUGCCCAGAACAUGCCAACACACAAGACCAGCUCCUCUCCUGAAGCAAGCAGCAGACAAGCUCCAUUUGAGGACAUUAGGGCAGCAGCCUUUAAAAUCCAGCAUGGAAUCCAGAAAACUCCUUGCACGUAUUCCAGGCUCUCAAAACAAUAUGGGAUGGAAAUCUACCUGAAGAAGGAAUAUCUGCAUCACACGGGCAGUGUGAAGGAGCGAGGAGUGUGGUACCUGUUGACAUCACUCUCACAGGAACAGCAGAGGAAGGGUGUGAUCCUGGCAUCAGAAAACAACUUCACCAAGGCCGUGGCUCACCAUGCCUCUGAACUCCACAUCCCAGUGUUUGUCAUCCUGUCUGCCAGCACCCCACCAAGCAGAGUCAAAACCUGCCGUGAGUACGGCGCUAUGGUGAUCACCUAUGGAUGCAACAUAAAGGAUUCACAAAGCCAUGCUCAGAAACUGGCCAGUGAGAACGGCUAUCUCUAUCUGCAGGAGGAAGACAGCACGCCAUACCUGGCAGGACUGGGAACCAUGGGGCUCGAAGUUUAUGAGCAGGUGAACAAACUGGAUGCUAUUAUUCUGCCAGCGGGUGGGGAAUGCCUUAUCCUGGCAGGAGCUGCAGCUCCCAUCAAGCACCUAAACCCAGCUAUUACUGUUAUUGGUGUGGAACCUGAGAAAUAUCCCACUGCACAACAAACACUUGGGAAUGACCCUACUCCAAAGGCAUUAUCUUGCACCAACCACAGACUCUAUGGAGAAUUGUUCAACUCAUCUUUUGGCAACAAUGCCAUCCAGAUGACCGAGAAACUAGUAGAUAAAGUUGUUACUGUUAAGGAAGCAGACAUCCUGCUCUCCAUUCUUCAAAUCAUGGAGUAUGAAAGGUCAACUGUGGAUGCCAUGGGAGCUAUUGGCCUUGCUGCUGUGAUUGCUGGAAAACUACCAGAACUCAAAGGCAAGAGAGUGGUCAUUCCACUUUGUAGUGGGAAUUUGGACGUUCCACUGAUGCGUCAGUGUCUGGACAGGGCCUUGGUUCUAGACAACAAGCUGUGUAAGUUCUCCAUUCAAGUGUGUGACUGCACUGGAGAUCUUGCAAAACUACUCGAGGUACUUGCCCGUGCAGAAGUAAGAGUGCUGGAUGUUAUUCAGGAGCGCUUUUUUGUCACCUCAGAUAUUUUCAGCAUUAAGGUCACAUGUGUUAUCGAGGUCCGAGACAGAUCUCAAAUGGUGCAGAUGGAGAGAACGCUGAGGGAGCGCUACACCACGUUCACCUGGCAGGAACGGUCUGAAGACUGA